GAGGACAGGGCAGCAGGUGCCCGGGAGUAGCGUCUGUGUAAGAAGGAGUGGUCGUAUCCUUCUGGCACUGAGCAGUUGUGGUCGGUUUUGUGGGACGCUCUGGAUGCAACAGCAGUACGUGUGAGGAGGCUCACAGCCACCCUCGUACUCCGUAUUUGAUCGGUGAUGAGUUGGUGAUUGCUGAAGCUGCAGCUUCAGAGCACGUGAAAUGGCUGCAGAUGACAAACGGUCUCCCACAUUGGACUCUACCAGUGAUCUACCUCGUUCUCCCAGCAGUCCGUCUCAUCUCACUCACUUCAAACCCCUGACUCCUGACCAGGAUGAGCCUCCUUUUAAAUCAGCUUACAGUUCUUUUGUAAAUCUCUUCCGUUUCAGCAAAGAUGAUGGCAGGCUUUCAUCCCCGGCAGAGAAAGCAGAGGCAGGACAGAGUGUUCCACAAGCUUUGAGUGGUGGCUGGUCCAGUCCUCAGCAUCCCACAAGGGCUCAGUCUCUGAGAUCACCAAUUCCUUACAAAAAACAACUGACUGGUGAGCUUCAAAGAAGAUCCUCUGCAACUCUGGAUAAUCGAAGGAAAGUAGAACCACCUCUUGGAGGUCAUGAUCCUCGAACUGCAGUUCAGUUAAGAAGCCUCAGCACUGUUUUAAAACGCCUCAAGGAAAUAAUGGAGGGGAAGAGCCAGGACAGUGACUUGAAGCAGUACUGGAUGCCUGACAGCCAGUGCAAGGAAUGUUAUGACUGUAGCGAGAAGUUCACCACCUUCCGGAGGAGGCACCACUGUCGACUUUGUGGGCAGAUCUUCUGUAGUCGAUGCUGCAAUCAAGAAAUCCCUGGAAAAUUCAUGGGCUACACAGGGGAUCUCCGAGCCUGCACUUACUGCCGUAAAAUAGCCUUAAGCUACGCACACUCCACGGACAGUAACUCCAUUGGAGAAGACUUAAAUGCCCUGUCAGAUUCUGCGUGUUCUGUGUCUGUGCUGGAUCCUGGCGAGCCGCGUACACCAGUUGGGAGCCGCAAAGCCAGCCGCAACAUCUUCCUGGAGGAGGAUCUAACCUGGCAAAGUUUAAUUCACCCAGACUCUUCAACUUCCACAUUGUCUGCACGCCUUGGGUCUGUCCAGGAGGAUGCAGGAAAGUCACCAGCUAGAAACAGGUCAGCCAGCAUCACUAACCUGUCGCUAGAUCGGUCGGGGUCACCCAUGGUGCCUGCCUACGAGACGUCGGUCAGCCCCCAGGCCACUCGCACUCAUAUGAAGGCAGAGACCAGCGAGGACGAGCGCAAAAUCCUUCUGGACUCAGUCCAGCUGAAAGAUCUGUGGAAGAAAAUCUGCCAUCAUAACAGUGGCAUGGAAUUUCAAGACCAUCGCUACUGGCUGCGGACACAUCCCAACUGUGUUGUGGGAAAAGAGCUGGUCAACUGGCUCAUGAGAAAUGGGCACAUAACCACAAGGGUCCAGGCCAUUGCAAUAGGACAGGCGCUGGUUGAUGGACGUUGGCUGGAAUGUGUCAGUCAUCAUGAUCAGCUCUUCAGAGAUGAAUAUGCUCUCUACAGACCGUUGCAGAGCACAGAGUUCUCAGAAACCCCGUCUCCAGACAGUGACUCUGUGAACUCUGUAGAGGGCCACUCCGAGCCAUCCUGGUUCAAAGACAUCAAGUUUGAUGACAGUGACACAGAGCAGAUUGCUGAUGAAGGGGAAGACAACUUAGCUAACUCCGCCAGCCCUAGCAAGCGCACUUCAGUCAGCAGCUUCCAGUCCACAAUGGACAGUGAUUCAGCCGCCUCCAUCAGCCUGAACGUGGAGCUGGACAACGUGAACUUCCAUAUCAAGAAGCACUCCAAGUACCCACAUGUGCCCCCUCACCCUGCCGACCAAAAAGAGUACUUGAAUCCUGAAAACGGAGGGCAGCAGAUGUACUCUAUAAGUGACGCUUUUAUUAAAGAGUCAUUGUUCAACAGGAGGGUGGAGGAGAAGUCCAAAGAACUCUUAUUCACACCCCUAGGCUGGCACCACAGCAAUCUGGAUCUGCUGAGAGAAGAGAAUGGGGAGAAACAAGCCAUGGAAAGGCUGCUGUCUGCUAAUCACAAUCACAUGAUGGCACUGCUUCAGCAGCUUCUAUACAAUGAGUCCCUGUCACUGUCCUGGAGGGAUAUUAUUGUACCCGUGGUCUGCCAGGUCGUUCAAACAGUACGGCCUGAUGUCAAGAAGAGAGAUGAUGACAUGGAUAUCCGCCAGUUUGUCCACAUCAAAAAAAUCCCUGGUGGAAAGAAAUUUGACUCCAUGGUGGUGAAUGGAUUUGUUUGCACUAAGAAUGUUGCACACAAGAAGAUGAACUCUUGCUUAAAAAAUCCCAGAAUUCUUCUGCUAAAAUGCUCAAUUGAGUACCUCUAUCGAGAAGAAACAAAGUUUACCUGCAUAGAGCCUAUAGUACUUCAGGAAAGGGAGUUCUUGAAGAACUACGUACAGCGGAUAGUUGAUGUCCAGCCUAAUUUGGUCCUUGUUGAGAAGACUGUGUCCAGAAUUGCCCAGGACAUGCUCUUAGAGCAUGGUAUCACUCUGGUCAUCAAUGUCAAGCCGCAAGUGUUAGACCGGGUAAGUCGAAUGACCCAGGGGGACUUAGUGAUGUCAAUGGAUCAACUGUUGACCAAACCACAACUGGGGACAUGUCAUAAAUUUUAUAUGCAAGUUUUUCAGUUGCCCAAUGAUCAGACAAAACCCCUGAUGUUCUUUGAAGGGUGUCCCCAGCACCUGGGUUGCACUAUCAAGUUGUGUGGUGCUGCAGAGUACGAGCUGGCUCGUGUGAAGGAGAUCCUGAUCUUCAUGGUCUGUGUGGCUUAUCAUUCCCAGCUGGAAAUCUCAUUUCUUAUGGAUGAGUUUGCCAUGCCCCCUACUCUCACCAAAAACGCUUCCUUUCACUCCCUUAUUGAGGAGUCAGGAGAUGAAAAUGAACAACAGAACCUCUUCAAUGGUGAGGACUUCAGCACAGCAGUCAAAGACAUUGAACUAUCCUCUGAAAAACUGCCCGUAAUCUCUGAGUCAGUGUCCUCUGAUGAGGUCAGUUUGCCUGAACCAAGAGGUGUAUUUGACAGAGGUGACCAAGAGAACAGUCAGGUGGAAACGGUGUCCUCCAAGCAGCAAGAGCACCACAAAGGGGAAUCACCAUUUGCAGUGUUCAGCUCUGUACCUCAUGCAAUCCCUGAAACAUCCCCACUGCCCCUCCAUGGCAUGGACCAGCACUUGGCUACUCUGGAUAACCAGGCACUAGAGCCUCUUCAACAGGCAGAUGAUUUACAGGAAUCCAAGAGUCAGAUGAGAGUCUUCAGAGACCCUCUCCAGGAUGAUACUGGUUUAUAUGUCACAGAAGAGGUAACUUCGUCUGAGGAUCGUCUCAAAACUUACUCUGCAGCAUUUAAGCAGGAGUUGAAAGAUGUCAUUCUCUGUAUUUCUCCAGUACUGAUGUUCCGUGAACCAUUUCUUUUGACUGAAAAAGGCAUGAGAUGCCCUGCCCGGGAAUACUUUCCUGAGCAAGUUUAUUGGUCUCCUCUGCUCAAUAAGGAAUACAAGGAGUUGGAGAGCAGAAGGAAGAGGCAACUGUUGCGGGAUCUUUCUGGACUACAAGGGAAGAAUGGGAGUAUCCAAGCCAAGGCUAUCCAAAUCUUGCCUUCUCAUGAGCUGGUUAAUACUAGAAUAGCAGAACAUCUACGUGACAGCCAGAGCUUAGCCAGAAUGCUGGCUGACUAUCGGGCCAAAGGAGGGAGGAUACUACAGAAGAGCACAGAUCCUUUUGCCCAAAAUAAGGAUGUGUCUAGUGUCCCUACUGGAAAAACUGGGAGCAGAACUGAAGAGGAGGAGAAGGGACUGGCUCAGAGUGAAUCAUCAUGGUCUCAUAAGGUGGAUUGCCUGAGUCCAGUAAACCAUCAGAGGCUUUGUGUUCUCUUCAGCAGCUCUUCUUCUCAGUCCAGCAAUGCUCCAAGUGCCUGUGUUAGCCCCUGGAUUGUGACCAUGGAGUUCUAUGGGAAAAAUGACCUAACUCUAGGGAUUUUUCUGGAGCGCUACUGUUUCAGGCCUUCCUACCAAUGCCCCAGCAUGUUCUGUGAAACACCAAUGGUGCACCACAUUCGUCGCUUUGUUCAUGGGCAAGGCUGUGUGCAGAUUGUGUUAAAGGAGCUGGACUCCCCUGUCCCUGGGUACCAGCACACCAUCCUUACUUACUCCUGGUGCAGACUGUGCAAACAGGUGACACCAGUUGUUCCCCUUUCCAAUGACUCUUGGUCUAUGUCAUUUGCAAAAUACCUUGAGCUGAGGUUCUAUGGGUACCAGUACACUCGAAGGGCCAACGCAGAGCCUUGUGGGCAUUCCAUUCACCAUGACUAUCACCAGUAUUUUUCCUAUAAUCAGAUGGUGGCAUCUUUCAGCUACUCUCCAAUCCGGCUGCUGGAAGUGUGUGUCCCACUCCCCAAGAUCUACAUCAAACGACAGGCUCCAUUAAAAGUUACUAUUUUGCAGGAUCUUAAGGAUUUCUCACAAAAGGUGUCACAAGUGUAUCUUGCUGUGGAUGAUCGCCUUGCUUCUCUGAAAACGGAUACUUUCAGCAAAACAAGGGAAGAGAAGAUGGAAGACCUCUUUGCCCAAAAGGAGAUGGAAGAAGGGGAGUUUCAAAACUGGACUGAGAAAAUCCAAGCAAGGCUGCUUUCAUCAUCACUGGACACACCUCAACAGCUGCAAUCUGUUUUUGAGUCUCUGAUAGCUAAAAAGCAAGGACUUUGUGAGAUGCUACAAGCCUGGAAUAAUAGAUUGCAGGAUCUCUUCCAACAAGAGAAAGGGAGAAAACGUCCAUCAGUACCACCCAGCCCUGGGAGGCUGAGGCAAGGUGAAGAAAGCAAGAUCAGUAGCAUGGAUGCUUCCCCACGCAAUGCUUCUCCAGCCCUGCAAAAUGGAGAGAAAGAGGAUCGUUUCCUGACGACUUUAUCAAGUCAGAGCUCCACAGGCUCGACCCAUCUGCAGCUGCCCACUUCUCCAGAGGUUGCAUCAGAGCAUAUGAGUGCCAACACACUCUCCGAACAGGACACAACAAGCAGCUCAGAAGAUGUGUUUGAUGGACACUCACUGGGAUCUACAGACAGCCAAGUGAAGGAGAAGUCUACUAUGAAAGCUAUUUUGGCUAACUUUUUGCCUGGAAACAACUAUAACCCCAUUCCCUUUCCUUUUGACCCAGAUAAGCACUACCUAAUGUAUGAGCAUGAACGUGUACCUAUUGCAGUCUGUGAGAAAGAACCAAGCUCCAUCAUAGCUUUUGCUCUCAGUUGCAAGGAGUACAGAAAUGCCCUGGAUGAGUUGUCCAAAGCAUCUCUGAAGAACAGUUCUGAAGAAGGACUACAAUCAAACAGCAUGUCAGACAGCAAACCCAAGAGCAGCAGCCCUGUCCGCCUGCCUGAGGCUAACAUGUGUCCACUUCGCAGUGCAGAGCCAGAACAACCAAAGAAACCAUCUGGUGUUUUGUCUUUCUUCCGUGGCACGGGAGGGAAGAGCCCAGACCUGUCUUCCCAGAAGAAAGAGACCUUGCGUGGUGCUGACAGUGCUUACUACCAGGUUGGACAGAUGGGCAAAGAGGGAGCAGAAAACCAAGGAGCAGAGACUCAAGAUGAUGGAGAUGGAGGAGAUGGACAGAAGAAACAGGUGGUGAAUCCCCAUGUGGAACUCCAGUUCUCGGAUGCGAAUGCCAAGUUCUACUGCCGGAUUUAUUAUGCUGGGGAGUUUCACAAGAUGCGUGAAGUGAUCCUGGGGAGCAGUGAAGAGGAUUUCAUCCGAUCCCUCUCUCACUCGAUGCCCUGGCAGGCACGAGGUGGCAAAUCUGGAGCUGCGUUCUAUGUGACUGAGGAUGAUAGAUUCAUCUUGAAGCAAAUGCCUCGUCUGGAAGUCCAGUCAUUCCUUGACUUUGCUCCACACUACUUCACUUACAUCACUAAUGCAGUUCAGCAGAAGAAGCCCACAGCACUGGCUAAAAUCCUUGGGGUAUAUCGAAUUGGUUACAAGAACUCUCAAAACAACACUGAAAAGAAGCUGGAUCUGCUUGUCAUGGAAAACCUUUUCUAUGGCAGGAAAAUGGCUCAGGUGUUUGACCUGAAGGGCUCCCUCCGGAAUAGAAAUGUUAAAACAGACACAGGCAAGGAAACUUGUGAUGUAGUCCUGCUGGAUGAAAACCUUCUGAAGAUGGUUCGGGACAAUCCCUUGUACAUCCGUUCCCAUUGCAAAGCUGUGCUGAAAGCUUCCAUACACAGUGAUUCCCAGUUCCUCUCCAGCCAUCUCAUCAUCGACUAUUCCCUGCUGGUGGGUCGUGAUGAUACCAACAAUGAGCUGGUUGUUGGGAUCAUUGACUAUAUUCGUACUUUUACCUGGGACAAAAAGCUUGAAAUGGUGGUAAAGUCAACUGGCAUCUUGGGAGGACAAGGUAAGAUGCCCACUGUGGUCUCGCCAGAGCUGUACCGGACCAGGUUUUGUGAAGCUAUGGACAAGUAUUUCCUGAUGGUGCCAGACCAUUGGACAGGACUGGGCCUGAAUUGCUGAGCUAAAGCCCAUAUUGGGAAAGCACAAGAGGACAAUGACAUUAUCGGCCACUCUGUUCCAGUGGUCUGUCCAGCAGCAAGCAAGAAGAUUGCAGUUCCAUAUCUACACUGACCGUGUGCAUCAUGUCGUGAAGUGUGAAAUCUGCUUGUUGCACUUUAAUCCUCUCUUGGAGGACAAUAAGCAAACCUGCCUCAGUAAGGAUCUAAGCUGAAAGGUACCACUGAACAGCACUGAUAAGAGACAUCCCUCAUAUCAGUAGGGAAAGUGAUACUAUCUCCUUGUAAGUACUGAACUGAGAUUUUGUCCAGGUGCUGAUGGUGUAGAAGUACAUGAUCUCUGGAAGUGGUGCACUGCCGAAAUGGUGUUGAAUAUGUGCAGCUCAUGUUUUUGUAGUGGAUACUUAUGAAAAUGUGAAAUAAACCCCCCAAGUGUGGAUGGGGGAGAGAAGAAUGAAGUUAAUUCAUGAGUUCUACUAUUGUUGCAGUGGUCUGUAAUUGACCUGUUUACAAUCCAUUAAUAACUUGUCCUGCUUAUGCUCUGUAGUUUUAAUUUUUACUGGGUUCUGUAAACUGUAAACUGUAUUUUUUUUUAAGGCAGCUCCACAUCCAUAAUGCCCUAUGACUCCAUCUUUUAUGUUACUGCAGUACAGCUCUGGUUUUCUGUUGUAAUAUCAUUUUAGCUGAAUCCCAUAAAAAUGGGUUGUCGGUCAUUAGUAUACUGCGACACUCAAAACAUAUCCCUUUAGUCCUAACCAGUACUUUGAUCUGAAUGUUACUCAAAUUCCUGGAAACAGGGAACCAAUAUACCCUUUAAUUUAACCAGGCUUGAUUAAUUAUAGUUACAAAGCAGAUUAACCCUUUCCUUAUUAAAGGCAGUAAGUUGCUGGACAAAGUGAAGCAUACUGCUUUAGUGACAAGUUUCUCCUUAAUGCAACCAUCAUUCCUGGCAGAUCGCUUCAAAUCCAGUUCAGUUCCCCUUUACUUUCAAGCAAUGCAUUUACCUCAUGGUGAAAUUUUGCUGGGAGAAGGUUUUUUCUUGCAUUAAUAACAUGAUCUUUUUUGUCACUGAGAUGAAUGUAGUUGUUUCCUGUAAAAAGGAAAACCUGAACUAACGGAUAACUUGUAUGAUGGAUAAGAUGUGCAGAGAUCUGAGAGUCUCUUUGUUGUGACAAUAAGCACUUCUUUCCUUUUUUUUUUUUUUUAAUUUUUACUCAUUUUUGUAGGUGAUGAGUUUACUUUUUACUUUCAUUAUAUUAUAGGCCAGUAAAUAAGAGGAAUUUUAAUGAGUUUGAAAGGCAAGAAUACUGUCCGUUGACUUCCAGUCUCUGAUGGAAGUACAUCAAAUGAACAUGGAAUCUGGGACAGGCAGCUCUUAGUGAUCACUUGCUUAUUCUAACCAGUUGCCUGAUACUGCCCUCAUCACUGUUACUAUGGAUUGAAAUGUGCAUUUUAUUCACUCCUCCUGUGUUCAGUAUUUUCUUCUGCAGCAGAUGGUGGUGGCUCUUUAGGACUGACCAACAGUGGGCAACACUGAGAAAGGAAAAGGCCAGCAGUGAGAAUUGAGCUGUUUUCUCCAAAACCAACCAGUGCAGCUCUUGUCUGAGCUGCCAGGAGGCGAAGGUCAUUUGUGUUGGAAGGAGUCUUCUCCACCCUAUUGCAAAACUGUACUAGAGGAUGAGCAAAGAUGCUGGACUUGAACCAGCAGAAAAGAAAGUGGACUCAUUUCCUUAGUACAGUGUAAUAAUUGUUUCUGGGGGUGCAGUGUUGAAGGCUGCAGUGAUGUGUGCUGUGGAAAGAUGAUCCUUGCUUCCUCUACCCAGAAUCCCUUCAGACCAACACAGCACAUCAGAUACAGCUGAUCACCUCUGGGAUCCAUCUUGCCUCUUCUGUUGAAAUGUUCUCCCAAGAUGCCUAGCUCUGUGGGUGGCCUUGCCUAAUGAGGUCAACCAGUCCAUCAGCUCAGUGCUACUCUCACUUCUGUGGCCUCUACCUACUGUUUUGGUUUAUCAAUGUGAAAGAACCUGCUGUGCAGUCUCAGCUGAAGUUUACACAUGGUGUUCUCCUUCCUUUCUUGAAGUUUACAGGGAAAAAACUUGAUUUUCCUGGCCAGCUAAGGUGACCCAACAGCAGCUAAUUAUGUUGUUUUCCACCUGUGUCAGUAUUGUGGAUUGGUGGAUGGAGCACAAGUGUGGGCUUGUGUGUCAUGGCAGCUGAACUAAGCUAAUGUGAUAUGCUAGCCCAGUCUGUCACCAGUAACCCUUAUCCUGGGAUGUGUGGCUGCUCUGUACUGCUUGUCUGCCAGAAUCCUGAGCAGAUGGCUGAAAGCAGCUUGAUAAUCUGACAAUUGCUAAUACUCCUCUGAACGACAGCACGAGGCCCUCAGCGCUGUAGAAGUGAGAGAACCUUCCACUGUUUAGCAGCCUAUGAACACAGAGUCAGAGAUGUGAAUUGUGACCUUCUUGGGCUGAAGUUAGAGCAGUUGGAGAGAUUUGCUGAGUGAUCUGGAGCUGGCAUCAACAGCUAAUGCUUGGCCAGGAUGUGGCUGAUAGACUAGUCCUGUCUAGACUGGAGUAAACUACUGGUCAUGACUAUCACAGUAGCUGCUGUAUCAACUGGAGUUGGGUCAUCUUUGGUGUCCUGUGAUAAAAAGCUGUAAGCAUUUCUAGUUCAAAUUCCAGCAGUUGAAUGGGUCUCCUCAAAUGUUCCUUUUUCAGAAUAAGAGUUGUCCUGACAUUUCAAUUGGUACAAAGCUUAAUUUUCUCCGAAGGAAAGUGGUACUUCAUGUGGAACAGAUCUUUGAGAGCUACUUGGGAAGCUGUGUUAGGUCUGUGUCCCUGUAGAAUUCCUAAGAAUGAACCCUUUGGUCAGAGCUUAUUUCUUUCUUUAUAACACAGGUUUAGCAUAUGUGUAUGUAAGUAAAUCUGCAAACAUGAAGAGUGAAUUUCUUCAGAGUUACACUGGCUCUUCUGUUGUUUUGAUCUGAGGCCUUGAGACAAAUGUCUAAAUCUUGUCCAAGUCAGAAGCAAUGACUUUGAGUCAUCAAUGUGGACAGCAGAAUGCCUUGUAGUGGCCCAGGGACGCAUUCUGUCCCCAAAAAGCACAUGCAGGACUCUUGCUGGUAGAGGAGUUCUGCUGGGCUCAGGGGAGUUACCUGUGGAGUCUCCUCUGUGAGAAUGACCAAAACCAAAUGAAUUGCUCACUAGCUGGUGACCAGACUAGUCAUUAUUUAAAGCACUUAAUGUACUAUAAUGUAUGCAUUUCUAUUCUACCUUGGUUCAGCUGUAUUUUAUAAAAUUGAUGUACUAAACUAUUUGAGAAUAACUGCCUUGACUACUUGGAAAAUCAAAAUGUAAUGUAUAUAUAUACAAAUAAAGUGACUAAAAUAUA